AUGGCCGAGCUAGACCCUGUCGAACAAAACGAGCAGGAUUCCCUUGCCCAGAACGGCUCAUCCGACGAUGUCAAGGUCGCUGAUGGUGGCGCAGAAAAUGUCGGCGGACCACCGCCGAAAAAGAGGAGGAGAGUUGCAAAGCCGAAUCCAGACAAGAAAUUCGAGUGUAAACACGAAGGGUGCGGUAAAAGCUACUCUCGUGCUGAGCAUCUCUAUAGGCACCAGCUAAACCAUACUCCGAAGACCAUCUAUCGUUGCGAUUACCCCGACUGCAGUAGGUAUUUUGUGCGACAAGAUCUUUGCAUUCGACAUCGGGAACGACAUACAACACAUGGCUCCCAACUCCACAAGCGGGAUGCUUUCGCACAAUCCACCUCGAGUAAUCAAAUCGUACCUGCAAUGGCGUCACAGCACCACCUCGGCCAACCUCAAGUCUAUCCAAUGUCUGCCCCUAACGUCAAGAGUACUCAGGAAGGUCAGCAAUUCGGCCCGCCACAGGGACAGUCUAUCGAUGGUCACCACUAUGCACAGCAGUCCCACAUUGCGAACAACAUUGUCUCUCCUUCGACAGCGUCCAUUGAACCAAGAUUCCAUCCUCCCACGCCCCAGACCGCCGUCGCUAGACCGGAACCCCCUUUACAUCGCACCGGCAGCCUUAGUAGUAACCCAAUGAGCCCUCCACAGAAACAGGAGACUUGGUCUUCGGUUGUCCGAAGACAAAGUCUCAACAAUGCGGAUCAGAGAAGGGACCAGGGAUCUUAUGCCCAGAUGCAAACAAGGGACAGGAGCUCAGGGCAGAAUGUCCCGCCAUCACCGGUUCGGCAAUAUUCCGGAACGUCUGGACCUCCCCUCCAACCGGUACGAUCACACUCUGACAGUGCCAUGGACAGAAGUGUUUUGAACAACGGCUAUAUGCAGUCUGUUGACAUGACUUCCGCUGCUGCGUACUCGUCGGCAGGCUAUCCGUCUGCCGGCGUGUCGCGAACGGCAGACGCAGCGUUUGCCGCGGCGGUCUCGCAUGGGUUGACGCGGAAUGAUACCUACCCAUACUCCCUGAUUAGCACUAGCAUGUCGAACAUAGAUAUCAGUACGGGUUUCGGGUUCCCAGUCUUCGGCGGCGACGAGUUUACUCAGACGCCGUUCAAUGUGGCCGAUGAUUUUACGCAGUGGCUCUUUAACGAUGCCCAGUCUGGCUCCAAUGGUUUCUCGCCCCCCAACUACGUCCCCGGUUACAGUGGCCACGAUCAGCAGCAAGCUCAGGGUCCGUAUUUCUCCCAAAGCCCUUCGUCAUCUGGCAAUAACUACUCCACAGGCGCUGGCUUGCAACAUCCUAUGAGUGUUACCAGCAUUCUGGAUUCAACAGCCACCAGCCAAUAUAUCAUGUCUGAAUCCAAACGUCACGAGCUCCUCGAUCUGAUGCAGACUCAGUUUGUUGAACGUCCGCACGAUGCGGUGAAAAAACGAAAGGACUCGGUGUUCGAAGGUGACCUUGACAAUGACGGUCACAUCUUGAGUUUGCGAAUGAUGCAUACCUACAUUGGAUCAUAUUGGUAUCAUCAACAUGCGCAGCUGCCAAUCCUACACAAGCCUACUUUUUCUGCUGAUCGGACCCACAACCUCCUGUUACUUAUGGUUAUUGCCAUUGGAGCUGCGACAUUGGAUAAAGCUUACGGCACGACUUUGACCGAUUCUGCAGCUGAAUUUGCCAAUUUUGUUGUUUGGCACCUCCGCUGGGAGAUUGUCCGCGAUGUUGACUUCAGACCUCCCGCAAAGCUAUGGGUCUUCCAGACCCUUCUACUGAUUGAAGUGUACGAGAAAAUGUAUGCGACUCGGGCGUUGCACGAAAGAGCGCACAUUCACCACGACUCUACUCUUACUCUCAUGCGCCGUGGCAGCUCCCUCCUGGGUCGUUCAGCAUCUGACUCCCCACCAAGUCUACGAGGAGAGCAGGACAAUGGCAGGAUCUCUGUCCCAUUCACAGGAGCAGAAGCCUCAAAAUCCGAAGAUUCCUGGCAUCGAUGGAUCACUACCGAAGCAACGCGUCGUGCAGCCUUUGGAGCAUUUGUGCUUGAUUCCAUCCAUGCAACUAUGUUCGGUCAUGCUGCAAAGAUGGUUGCACAUGAGAUGCGGUUACCCUUGCCAUGUGAUGAAGGACUCUGGUCGGCUGUCUCCCCCUCCGAGGCUGCACGAGUUCAAUCCUCGUUGCAGACCAACGGCAUCAAGCCAAUCAUGUUUCUGGACGGUCUGAAGAGAACCCUGAAUGGCCAGAGAGUACGGACAAAUUCCUUUGGCCGUACUAUCAUCAUGGCCGGUCUACUAUCCGUCUCUUGGCACAUGACUCAAAGGGAUUUGCAGAUCUCUUCCCUCGGACCACGAACCGCAAACUCCUUCGGAGGCCCGGACAAGUGGAAAGGGGUCCUAUUGCGCGCAUUCGACAACUGGAAGCGAGAUUUUGACGAAGCUUUGGCAGAAGCCACACCAGCGCCGUCCUCCCCAUUGCGGACCCCAGUUGCCCCUCCCCACCCAAUCUUACGCCCGGUUGAUGAUGAAAAUAUCUUCGAGUCAAGGACAGUGCUGCAUCAUCUUGCACAUAUUGCCGCUCAUGUCGAUGUUGUCGAUUGCCAAGUCUUUGCUGGCGCGAACAGACUCCUCGGACGCUCAAUAACCCCAAAGGAUUACAGUGUGGUACGCGAGAAGAUCGAACGCUGGGCUACAAAGGCUUCGGCAAGAGAUGCAGCGUUUUAUGCCCUCAAAUUUAUCGUUCAGGUCCUCAUCCCACCGGAUGGUGAUGGGCUGGAUGGGAUUAGUGGUCGCUUGUAUGGUCACGCUAGCCCAAUCCUUCCUCAAGCAUUCGAGCACAACCAAUACAUUGCUCGCGACGAUUUCCUAUUGAAUCGGCCCUGGGUGCUGUACAUAUCAGCACUGGUCGUCUGGUGCUACGGUUUCGCGCUGGAGGGCCCAAUCAAGCCUCCCCCCACCGAAGCAGAAUUCGAAACAUAUGAGCAGAAGGAGCGGGACAUGCGGCACUACCUCGAGACAGUCGCCGGAGUCCGAGCACCUGACGAUCUUGAAAACGUGAAAGGCAAGAACCGAUGCCUCGGAUUGCUCAUGAUGCUGAAGGAGUCCUUCGAGAGCACACGAUGGGAGCUCACCCAUGAAGCCGCGGGUUUACUGGGCAAUGCCUGUUCCAAACUCAGAGGCAUUGACGAAGACAAAAUUGUGGGUCCCGGCAGUCUGGCGAGAGACGAUCCCAAUUUGACACCGAACGGCUUUUUCUACGGAAACUCCAACGGCCACGCUCACUCUAGCCUUCACCGUGAAAACAGUCGAGAGCAUGUGACUGUCGCCAACGCGGCUAAGAUCUAG